CUUAUUCCCACCAUCUAACACCGUCCCCUUCUGUUUCUAGCAUAACACAACACAAUGAACGCCAGCCUGGUGACCGACCUCGCCUUCAGUCUUGACGGUCCUUACACUGCCGGUGAGAUCACAAUCGCAGUCACGGCUGCUGUAGGAAACUUCCUGGUGUGCGUAGGUGUCCUGCUAGAUCGGAAGAUGUGGACGGUGACCAACUACUUCCUGGUGUCGCUGUCAGUGGCCGACAUGUGCGUGGGGGCGUUCGCCAUCCCGGGGGCCCUCCUGACCUCCAUCGGCCUCCCCCGAUACAACCUGGAGCUCUGCCUGCUGAUGCUCUCCAUCCUCAUCAUGCUGACCAUGAGCUCCACCUUCAGCCUCAUGGCCAUCUCCGUGGACCGCUACAUCGCCAUUCUCAACCCUCUGAGGUACAAAAGCAUCAUGACCUCCAGUAACUCCUUCAUAGCCAUUGUCAUAGCCUGGAUAGUGGCCUUCCUCAGUGGGCUGAUACCCAUGAUGGGUUGGCACAAGCCCCCGCCCGGGGACGGCUACUGCCUCUUCGUCCACGUCAUUGACAUGACCUACCUGGUCUAUUUCUUUUCCUUAGUCUACUUCUACCUGCCGGUUAUUAUUAUGUUUGUGAUCUAUACCCAGAUCUACGCGGCAGUAAGAAAGCAGCUGCAUGGCACGGUGGGUGGCACUGCGGGCAAACAAGGAGCAGGGAUGAAGGAGUUUAAGACGGCCACGUCCCUCUUCACCAUCAUUUUCUUCUUCAUGUUAUGCUGGGCUCCGCUGCACGUCAUGAACGCCAUCAGCCUCCUUUGCCCGCACUGCUACACCCCACCGGUCAUCCUAAAUAUUGGUAUCAUCCUCACCCACGCCAACUCUGCCCUCAACCCCAUCAUGUAUGUGUACAAGCUGAAAUCCUUCAGAAAGUCCUUCAAGAGAGUUUUCCUCUGCAGGAACUCGGCCGUCUCCCCGACUAAACUCAAGGAUCAGACGUCCAUCGCUCAUCUACGUUGUGAAACUAAAGAGAGGAUACUCAUAGGACACCAACUUUAUUAAAGAGGCACUCCUGGUUUUUUUUUUUUGCCCAUAUCCUGUGCUCUCACCAUCACUAGUGCUACAGCACCAUCUGUUUUAUUCCAGCACAAGCAGUAUCCAUGUGCUGUAACUGGGUCAGGUGAUCACCAGUCUGACCCAAUGAAAAUCAGCGUUUAAUUUAACAGAGGGAGUGGUCAGUUCUGGGGCAGCUGACUUCCUUUGAACUACAGAAUCCCUUCCAGCUAUCUCUCAAUGGGAUCAGGAUAAAUAGUAGUUAUAUACACCUCUCCUCCAGCUCUAUCUGUAUACUGUUGCUGCUAUCUCUAUGGGAUCAGGAAGAUAGAGCUGGAGGGGAGGUGUAUCACUACUAUAUAUCCUGAUACUAUUGAGAUAGCAGAAGCGAUAUACAGAUAGAGCUGGAAGGAAAAGAGGUAUAACUACUAUCUAUGGGAUCAGGAUAUUUAGUAGUUAUAUACCACCCCUUUAGCUCUCUCUGUAUACUGCAGCUAUCACUAUGGAAUCAGGAUAUAUAGUAGUAAUAAACCUCUCCUGGAGCUGUUUUCACACGCUGCAUUUUUGCCUUUUUUUCUGUGCUAUUGGUGCUAUUGUGCUAUUACCGCAAAUGCACAAUUUACACAUUUGUUGUACACAGAG